UUAAACAGUCACGAGACACGUGGUCUCAGUUUGUAGACAAAAAUUUACCUGAUUGUUUUAAUGAAUUUUAUUUUAAGAAACUGAUUAAUUUUUUUUAAUUAAAAUGAGUAACAAAAAUUUAAAAGAAGCAUUUGCUAUAGAAUCAAAACAUUCUGCUUUUUAUACUGGAGGAAAUGUCAAAUGGAGCAAAGAUGGAGAACAUUUAUUUUGUCUGAAUAAUGGAACGGUGUCGGUGUUGUCCAUAAGCACAGGACUCGUUGUAAAUAAAUUAGGAAACUCUGAAGAUGAAGACAUUGAUGUCGUCAAUACUUUUUGUAUCAGUAAUGAUGGCAAUCAAGUAAUAACCUCUCACAAAAGUAGUCUUUUUAAAUUAUGGACAUGGAAAGACGAAAAACUUGUAAAACAUUGGAAGUCAAUUCACCAGGGCCCGAUUCCACUGAUAACUUUUUUCGGUAACGACAUAAUGGCCUCUGGUGGAAGUGAUUCCAGUGUACGACUGUGGAAUUUGCAGCAUCAUUCCUGCACUCACAAUUUAAAAGGACUUAUAGGAGUCGUAAGUGUCUUAGAAUUCCACCCAGAUGAACAAAAGCAAUUACUCUUCGCAGCCGGUGAUGAUAAACAUGAAAUAUUCGGGUGGGAUAUUACAACAGGACAAUUGACAAUAAGACUCAAAGCCCAUCUUAGUAAAGUUACUUCUCUAUCAUUUCAUAAUAACGGUAUUAAUUUAGUAAGUUCGGGACGUGACAAAGUAUUGAUUCUUUGGGAUAUCACGCAACAAGUUUCUAUAAGAGUAUUGCCUGUCUUUGAAGGAAUUGAAGGAGCUUUUAUAAUACCCGCGAAUAUGAAAUUGCCAAUAGACAUUGACGAAGAUUCCGAUAAUAAAAUAUUUGUCGCAAGUGCUGGACAAAAGGGCACAGUUAAGAUAUGGGAAAUGAAAUCUGGCCGCGAAGUUUACUGUCAAAAUAAUUCACUAGUGCCAGCUGCUGAAGACAAAGACGAUCUUUCCAUUACUCACUUGUUGUUGAACGAACAAGUCGAAUGUUUUGCAGUUGUCACGACAGAUCAUCAUAUUCUUAUCCAUGCAUUGAAAAGUUUUGUGUGCACUAAGCAAUUCGUUGGGUACACUGACGAAAUUCUGGACAUUGUCUAUGUGGGAGAAAACGGGAGUCAUAUUGCCGUUGCUACCAACAGUUUGGACAUUAAAUUGUACCAACUGGCGACGAUGAAUUGCCAAUUAUUGCGCGGGCAUACUGAUAUUGUCCUGGCGCUCGCUACAACUCCGGCAAAUCGUUAUUUGAUGGUGUCUUCAGCGAAGGAUAACAGCGUGCGCGUUUGGUUGAUGUGCAAAGAAAGUCAUAUGAUGUUUUGUAUUGGUCACAGUGAACGUCAUAUUGCCUCAGUUGGCUCCGUCGCACUUUCUCAGUCGUCUGCUAAUUUUUUUGCUUCAGUAAGUCAGGACAGGUGUCUAAAAUUGUGGAGUCUUCCGAAAAAACUUUCUACUACAGAUAAAAAUAUUGACCUAAAUGUCGAGCAUACUGUCGUUGGUCAUGAAGCAAAAAGUGAUAUUAAUUGCGUUGUAAUAUCGCCUAAUGAUAAAAUUAUUGCUACUGGAUCACAAGAUAAAACAGCUAAAUUAUGGAGUGCAGACAACUUACAACUUAUCGGAGUACUUCGUGGACAUCGCCGAGGUGUUUGGUGCGUAAGAUUUUCACCAAUUGAUCAAGUAUUAAUGACAACUUCCGCUGAUUGUACCAUAAAACUCUGGUCAAUAUCAGAAUUAAAUUGUCUAAAGACUUUUGAAGGACACGAAUCAUCAGUAAUGAGAGGAGAAUUUAUAACACGUGGAAUGCAAUUAAUUACAUCUGGUUCUGAUGGGUUACUAAAAUUAUGGAUUGUUAAGACUUCAGAAGCCAUAACUACAUUGGAGGCGCAUACUAACAGAGUCUGGACACUUGCUGUAAGUGACGAUGAAAAUCAUAUAAUAAGUGGCGGCAGCGAUUCACAGAUAGUAAUAUGGCGAGAUGUUACUGUUGAGAAUCGCAAUAAGAUGAUGGAAGAAAAAGAGAAAAUAAUAAUGGAAGAGCAGAAAUUAUCAAAUCUUCUUAAAGCUGAUGAACUGGUAGCGGCAUUGAAAUUGGCAUUAAAAUUAGACAAGCCAAUGCAAGUACUGCGUAUUAUUGAAGGCAUAUUAAAAAACAGUGAUAGUGAAAAGCUGAAAGAUGCAAUUAGUGAAUUGAAACCUCAUUACAAAGAGUCUUUACUCAAGUGUGCGUCUACGUGGAAUACUAAUAGUCGUAACGCGCAAGCAGCUCAGUUGAUCAUCAACAUACUGAUGAAUGACAUUGGGAGUGGCGCCAUACAAAUGUCCUCAUUGUCAUCGUCUUUAGAAGCAUUGAUUCCGUAUACAGACAGACAUCUAAAAAGACUCACGCGGUUGUUUCAAGAUCUCCAUCUACUUAAUUACACAGUAAAUCGUAUAAAACCUCACAAUGAACCCAAAAAAAUAAAUGGAUUCAAUGAGUAAUAUUUAUAUUCAAUAAUUAAUGUAAAUAAAUUGAUAAAGUAAUAAAAAUUAUUUUAUUAUCA